GCUCAGCUCACACACUCAUCAUCAGUCAUCUUUGCUCACUUUGCUCGAGCGCUUCCCUUCCGACCCUGAGCUCUGCCAUCGCAUCGUUAGAGAGACGCAGAGCGAAACACAUGGCGGCUCAGGGAAGGGGCAGUGCUGCUCGUGGCAGCAGCGGCGGCGCCGCCGCGGUGGCCCUGGUCCUCCUCUGCGUGCUCCUCCACGGCGAGGUCGCCGAGUCGGCGGUGUACACCGUCGGCGACCGCGGCGGCUGGAGCUUCAACACCGCCAGCUGGCCCAGCGGCAAGCGCUUCCGCGCCGGCGACGUGCUCGUGUUCAAGUACAGCCCGAAGGCGCACAACGUGGUGCCCGUGAGCGCGGCCGGGUACAGCUCGUGCGCCGCGCCCAGGGGCGCCAGGGCGCUCACCUCCGGUAACGACCGCGUCACGCUGAAGCGCGGCGCCAACUACUUCAUCUGCAGCUUUCCCGGCCACUGCCAGGCCGGCAUGAAGGUCGCCGUCACCGCCGCGUGAGGCCCGGCCGGCCGCCGCCAACGGCGCUGCUUAUAGCUUAUUAAUUUUCCCCUUCAGAAAAAAAGAGAGAAUAAUAAAGCGCUGUAACUAAUUACUCCGUUUGGUGUCAUACCGUGUCGUCGGCGGCUCGUCGCGCACGUAAGUACGUCUCGGUGCGUGCGUGUUGCUAGUUGGCACGUUGGCACUGCAGAGAGGGACACACAUUGGAGCAAUGUACUAGCGUCUGUGUUGACGCGAGCGAGUUUAUACGGCUGCGUUUGUCUGCGCUGCAUCGAUGACGUACAAUACAACUUUGGCAAUUCAAUAAUCAAUACGGUGUCUUGUGUUGUGUAUC